GUCGGAGCUUCGGCUGGCACUCUGGAGAAGCUACACGAAGAACACGUGAGGGAAUUCAGCUGCGGGAUGCUGUACUACAGGACGCUGUACCUGGACAGCAAGAGGGACGUACUCUACGUCGGUGCUAUGGAUAAGGUGUUCAGGCUGAAUCUGAGCAACAUCAGUCAUUCUAACUGUGAGAGGGACGCGCUUAAUCUGGAGCCGAGCAACGUGGCAAAUUGUGUGUCCAAAGGGAAAUCAGAGCACUUCGACUGCCGGAAUCACAUAAGGGUGAUCCAGCCAAUGGGGGACGGCAAUCGGCUCUACAUGUGCGGCACGAACGCUCACUCGCCCAAGGAUUGGGUGAUUUAUAGCAAUCUGACCCACUUGCCCCGGCACGAGUUCGUCCCCGGCGUGGGAAUGGGCAUAGCGAAGUGUCCUUACGAUCCUGCGGACAAUUCGACGGCGGUGUGGGUGGAAAAGGGCAAUCCUGGGGACCUGCCAGCUCUUUAUUCCGGAACCAACGCCGAAUUCACGAAAGCCGAUACCGUAAUCUUCCGCACGGAUCUGUACAAUUUAACCACCGGUCGCAAGGCGUUCAGCUUCAAGAGGACGCUGAAGUACGACUCGAAAUGGCUGGACAAACCUAAUUUCGUGGGAUCUUACGACAUCGGCGGCCACGUAUUCUUCUUCUUCCGCGAGACGGCGGUGGAAUACAUAAAUUGCGGCAAGAGCGUGUAUUCUCGGGUGGCGAGAGUUUGUAAAAGGGACACUGGCGGCAAAAAUAUUCUGUCGCAGAAUUGGUCGACUUACCUGAAAGCCAGGCUGAAUUGCUCGAUCCCUGGCGAAUUUCCAUUCUACUUCAACGAAAUACAGAGUAUUUACAAGGUGCCGGGCGACGACACCCACUUUUACGGUACUUUUACCACGUCGACGAACGGAUUGAUGGGCUCGGCGAUUUGCUCGUUCCAUAUCGACGCGAUUCAAGAGGCGUUCCGUGGAAAAUUCAAAGAACAGGCGACGAGCAGCAGCGCCUGGCUUCCGGUGCUCUCCAACAAAGUUCCUGACCCGCGACCCGGUCAAUGUGUGAACGACACUGAAACGUUCCCGGACACGGUGCUGAACUUCAUUCGAUCUCAUCCCCUGAUGGACUCGGCCAUAUCGCACGAGAACGAAAAACCGGUCUUCUAUAAACGCGACGUGAUGCUCACACGGUUGGUCGUCGAUAAACUACGGAUCGAUUUCGUGGGCAUCGAUUUGGAUUACACGGUCUACUAUGCUGGUUCCAGCGACGGACGCGUGCACAAAGUUGUUCAGUGGAUAGACAAUAACGGCGAGUCGCAAUCCAUCCUGCUGGACGUUUUCGACGUGACACCUGGCGAGCCGAUCCAGGCGAUGGAGAUCUCCAAGGAGCACAAGGCCCUCUACGUCGCCUCCGAUCAUCGAAUAAAGCAGAUCGACCUGGUCAUGUGCACUCGCAGAUACGACAAUUGUCUCCGCUGCGUGCACGACCCUUACUGUGGCUGGGACAAGGACACCAACACCUGCAAACCUUACGAACCUGGACUUCUUCAAGACGUGUCGAACAGCACAGCAGACGUCUGCGACAGCAGCGUGGGCAAACGGAAGCUGGUAGUCACCUGGGGCCAGUCGGUGCAUCUGGGCUGUUUCGUGAAGAUGCCGGAAGUGCUGGCGAAUCAGGAAGUCAGAUGGUACCACUACAGCAAGGAGAAAGGAAGGUAUCAGAUAGCCUACAAGUACGGUGCCGGCGGGGACAAGUUCAUCGAGACGUCCGAGAAGGGCCUGGUGAUCGUCGGCGUGAACGAGCAAGACGCCGGAAGAUACGAUUGCUGGCUCGGUGGGUCGCUUCUUUGCUCGUACAACAUCACCGUGGACGCGCACAGAUGCUCGGCGCCGGCAAAGUCGAACGACUAUCAGAAGAUAUACUCGGAUUGGUGCCACGAAUUCGAGAAAUACAAAUCGGCCAUGAAGAGCUGGGAGAGGAAGCAAGCGCAAUGCGCCUCGAGGCAAAACGACAGCAAUCAAAAUCUGCACACGAACGAGGUGUACGGGACACCCUUGGUCUGAUGGAGCCGAUCGUUGGAGCCUUCGUCGAGUCGAGACCCCGACACAAUGCCACGUACGAGCGUCCUGCCGAAGAAUCGCGGUCCAUCCACGAUCAGUUGGACGAGCCUCACUCUCCUUCUGACCGGUUACACCACUGCCUUUGUCCUUCUUGCUACCGAUGGCCUUUCGUCCGAGUGAAAACCGCGAAACGCGUCCGCGUCAAGAGCCGGCGAACUCGGACACUCGGCGCCACGUCCAUUUUCAAUCGGCCGGCAGAGCCUCGCGUUCCGAUUGGCCGGUUCUCUCGGAGCGGCCUCCACCGGCGUACUCCCGAGCGCCGCCUAGCGAGCCGGCGGGGAAGCACGAAGACAUGGACGCGCGCUGGGGACUCGCUCGUGUCCGAUCGGCGCGACGGGGCUGCUCGCAAACCCGCGGUGUCCAUUGCGUCGUCAUCCAACUCAUCGAAUCGAACUGCCAUUAAACGUAUUAUCGUAUUCUACAUACUUGCCAUAAACGCGCGUGUACGGUCGGGACACUCGCUGGGAUCCAGUCUCGUUUUCGCUGGGUCCACACUACUGCCCACGGACUGCUUUUCACCCGGUGUGUAAAUAAUGAGACACGCGGUUCUAGGAGAACGGGGACGCGAUUCCGGGACGGCGAUCGUCUCGUGAGAAGUGCGCUUAAACGCGAACGACGAUGGAAACGACUCGGCCGGAAGAGGGCGCCACCGUGCGGGGACUGUGCUCGCCGAUGAUACACACGUACCACGUACACACAAACACACAUACGGUUCCUAUGCUUUCGUUUCUCACGGCGUGAAUCGGUUCUGCGAGCGAGGGGGAGCGGUCAGACAGCAGAUGUCGCUGCGAUCGCGGCGACGAAGGGGGUAUAACGGGUGAUCGGGAAAACGCGGCUCGAAUCGAGGCGUCCGUCCGCGGUGUAACGCGUUUAGAAACCGGAAAUCAAUCCUCCUGUUUCCUUAGAUCUGUGAUACGAACGAGAGACGAGACGGGAGAGGAGCGAGUGGAGCGUGCCUCUGUCGCUCCGUUGCGAGAAUCGCGAGGUUACAGGAGCAAAGAACCGAGAGGAAAUGCGACGACGAGACGAAGAGAGGAAAUUAUACCGUAAGGUCGAGCUUCAAGCGUAGUUUUAACGAGUCAGUUUGACGAGUCAAGAUCGGGCCACGAUCUUGCCAUGUAAGUUGUAUAUCGAUUCGCUGAUGGAGAGAGAGAGAAAGAGAGAGAGAAAGAGAGAGAGGUUGCGAGAGUGGGAGAGAAUGAAACGCGUCCAGAGAGAGAACGCGACGCCACGUCGACGCGUUUUCAAACGUCACGCAGGUUACACAUGAGAUUAUUAAUCGGCUACUACGUAGGUGGCGCGCGCGCGGUCACCGCGACUUAGCUUCUUAGCUUUUCAUAUCAACGGUUUCGCCACGUGCACCGCCGUCUCUGUCUUCGACCCGCACGAUUCCUUUCAUCGCCUUCACUCCACGAAUCUUCGUCUUGUCGACCGGCGACUCGCUGGCGUUUUCCCGCGUAUUUUUCUUUUUAUUUCUCAUCUCUUUGCCUUUUUCA